CGAGCGGAAUCCGCAAUGGCGCCGAUGGUGAAUAGAACAAGUGUGGCGGGCCGCGACAUGAAGUGGCUAGCACUGUUCUCGCUGGUAGCCGCAACAGUUUUGCAGCAGCCAGCUCCGCUUGUGCGCACACGCAGCGGCUAUGUGCGCGGGCGCGUGUCGCGCGACGGCAGGCUUGUAGAGUACUUGGGUAUUCCUUAUGGGACGGUCAACGAUGAGAAUCGAUUCAAGGCUCCGCUGCCCCCGCCAGCCUGGGACGGCGUGUUCGAAGCCGUGAACACCAAUACGCGGUGCCCGCAGACCAUCAUGGGCACCGUCAUCAUCGGCAACCCCGACUGCCUUAAGCUCAACGUCUACACCCCCACCAGGAUCAGGGGUAAACUCCUCCCAGUCAUGGUCUAUAUACAUGGAGGAUGCUUCUUUGAGGGAACUGGCUCAGCCUUUCUCUACGGAGCUGAUUACUUCGUCGACCACGGAGUUGUGUUCGUUGGCAUCAACUAUAGAUUGAACGUUGAAGGUUUCUUAUGUUUAGGAACAGAGGAUGCGCCGGGAAAUGCUGGACUCAAAGACCAGGUAGCUGCGUUGAGAUGGAUCAAAGAUAACAUAGAAGCUUUUGGAGGAAAUCCGACUAGCGUGACGCUGUUUGGAGAAAGCGCUGGCGCUGUUUCUUCGUCGUUUUUAGUGCUUUCACAAGCCGCUAGAGGACUCUUCCAUAGAGUGAUACUUCAAAGUGGGUCCACGCUUGCACCCUGGGCUUUGCAGCAUGACCCUAUAAGGACAGCUAGCGCUCUAGUCAAACAAUUCGGAUAUUAUACCAAAGAUCCUUACGAAAUAUACGAUAUUUUAAGAAACAAAACCGUAAACGAACUAAUAAAAGUUAAGGCUUUUGAAAAUCAAAACUACGUCUCAUCUGACACGCUCUUCGUACCUUGCAUUGAGAAAAAUCUGCCAGGAAUCGAAUCCAUAGUCACUGAAUACCCUACGAGUAUAAUCGAAUCUGGACACUACACCAAAUUGCCUAUGAUAAUAGGCUUUAACGACAACGAAGGAAUAUACUUUGUAGCUAAAGAUUACGGAAAUAGUCUGAAAUCGAUAGAUCCCAAAGAAAAUUUACAUCUAGAUUUAGAGUUUCCUACAGAAUUGGAUAGGAACAGCACAGUAGAGAUAAUAAAGAGUCAUUACUUUCCCCCAGAAAAAGACGAACUAAUCCUUAACAUGGUGGAUUUGUAUUCAGAUUUGCACUUCAAGUUUCCAUCAGUAAUCGAGUCGGACUUGUACGCAAAGACGACAGAUAAGCCCAUAUACUUCUACCUGUUCAAGUACGGCGGGUACAGAAACAUGGCGAAGAUCAUCGUGGGGUACGGGGCGACGGGAGGGGCGUCUCAUGCAGAUGAGCUGUUCUACUUAUUCAAGCCUCAUUCUAUCCCGUUCCCGCAUCAGCUGGAGCGGCGCAUGAUCAAGCGCAUGGUCACGCUAUGGACUAACUUCGCCAAAUACGGUGACCCUACCCCAACGACGUCACCCCUAUUGCCGUUCCGAUGGCAGCCCGGCCGCGCUAGUAACCCGUCAGCUUUAGUCAUAGACGGCCAACUCUCCACAGCUCGUCUCUGGGACUACGCGACUGUAGACCUGUGGAAUCAGACCUAUAGCAAGUACAGGAAGAAACUGUAUGGAUUCCAAAACAGUGUUAUCAGGGUCGAGCAGGGGGUGCUGAGGGGACUUCGCAGCAUUUCUGGCCAGCGGAGGUACUAUGGGAUACCUUAUGCUGUUAGUGAGAGAUUUCAGCCCCCGAGAGACCCUCCUCCUUGGCGCGGCACGUUCUUCGCCGUCAACCGCUUCAGCGCGUGCGCACAGAGCGUCUCCUUCCUCACGCUCGGCUCCGAGCACUGCCUCCAUCUCGACGUCUACACCCCUCCAGCCACCAGCCCCAAGCUACCAGUCCUGGUCUUCAUCCACGGAGGGGCCUACUACUACGGCACUAAAGCACACUACGAUCCUGAGUAUCUAGUCACCAAAAAUGUUAUAGCUGUCAUUAUCAACUAUAGAGUCGGAGUAUUAGGUUUCUUAUGCUUGAAUGGAGUCGCUAAUUUAGGCUUGAAAGACCAAGUUGCGGCUCUAAAGUGGAUAAGGAGGAAUAUAGCUGCGUUUGGAGGAGAUCCGGACAAUGUGACGAUAGCGGGACAGAGUGCAGGCGCUAGUGCAGCUGCUAUGCAUUUACUCUCGAAAUCUAGUGAUGGGUUAUUUCAUAAAGCUAUCUUUAUGAGUGGAACCCCUUUAAGCCCUUGGGCGUUUAACUUGGAGCCGUUAAAACCAGCUUUUGAAGACGCUAGUAAACUCGGUCUAGUCAAAACUGAACAAGACGUAUACAACACUUUUAUAAACGCGACAUUGAAAGAUCUAUUGAAAAGCACGCAUGAUAGAUCAGUAAGCACCAGAUAUUUCAAAUAUUCUCCAUGUAUGGAUGUCAAUUUUCCAGACUCCUUCUUUUGGGAUGCUCCUUACGAAGUCAUUGGGUCUGAAUCUUUUAGGCCAAUCCCAAUGAUUCUAGGAUACGCCGAAGUCGAAGGCAUGUUGUUCUACGGACUAAACAGCGAUCGGGAUUUUCAAGAAUGGGACUCAAAGUUCGACCAAAGACUACCAUCACUUUUCUCCUUCUGUUCUAAACUAGAGAAGAGAAAGAUAGUCAAGAAACUACGCACAUAUUACUUUGGGGGUAAGAAGAUUAGCAGUAAAAACGUGAAAGGUGUAGUGAACUAUUAUUCAGACUGGAUCGCUUAUGCAUCAGUGAAUGCGUUCUCGAAACUGAUGGUGGAUAAAUCAGUGCCUGUGUACAAUUACAUGUUCUCGUACGAAGGCGGCCGGAACUUCGCUAAGGGGCUGAUCGGGUAUAAGGCAGGGUUGAGAGGCGCGUCGCACUCUGAUGACAUCUUCUACAUCUUCAAGCCGGCGGGGCUGGGGCUGCCGGUGUCGUCAGAGGAUAGACUGUUCAUGGAGCGACUGACUACUAUGCUGGCUAACUUUAUGAAGUUUGGCGACCCCACCCCCCACCGGACUCCACUCCUCCCAGUACUCUGGCCCCUCGCCAACGCAUCCCUCAACCCGCCCACGUUGCGCCUGGACAGCCAGUUCACCGUGAUACCCGCUCCAGAGUCGCAUCAAGGACGUUUACUGUUGAAACUGCUGUGCCGGUACGGUCAGAAAGGGUUCGUGCCUUGUGAGAGUGAACAGCUUUGUGGAAAAGAGUAG